AUAAAUUAUUAAUUUAGUUACUUCAAUCAAUUAUUCGAUAUCCAGCCCUUUAAUUCAAGGAGUCGGUGCAUCAAUAUUUAAUAUUCGUAAACGUAGUCCGUAUUUAUUUUGUUCCUUGAAAUCAAUUAUUCAAAGUCGCUGGACUUUCAGUAACAGCGAUGGCUAAUCUUCCUCUUAACAAAAUAGAUAAAUACUCUUCGUCUGCCUUCCUUGGACUCGCACUUCCAAGACUCUCUUCGAUCUGCUAAGGCACUCUAGUCUCCGCUGUUCAUCCUUUCAGAACACAGAGGGGGGAAAGAAAGAGAGAGAUGGAAAACAAUGUUGUAAUGUUUGCAAUUGCUAGCCUGCUGAUCUUCUUCUCAUCGUCAAUAAACGCCCAAAGUAGAAUCUCUGUGUCUCCUGCACCGGCCCCAGCAGCCCCAAAGCUUGUGAACCUUACCGAUUUGCUCACUCAUGCCGGCCCAUACGCCACAUUCCUUAACUACGCCCAGUCCACAAAAGUCAUACAAACGUUCCAAAACCAAGCCAACAACAGUGAUCAAGGAAUCACUCUCUUUAUCCCCAAGAACGAAGCCUUCAACAACCAAAAGAAACCAUCCCUCUCUAACCUGACCACUGACGAGCUGAAAUCUCUCAUGCUUUUCCACGGAGUGGCCCAAUAUUACACUCUUGCUGACUUCAAUAACCUCACCCUACUCAAUACAUUUUCCGGUGAUGCUCUGAAUGUCUCUGAUGUGUAUGGUACGGUGCACCUCAAAUCUGGAUGGACGACAACCAAAAUCAGCAGUUCAGUGCUUGCUACUCGUCCUGUUGCGAUUUAUGAGGUUGACAAAGUUCUUCUUUCGAAAUCCAUCUUUGGGACAAAUAUACCCCCAACCCCAGCACCAGCACCAUCACCGGAUGCUUCUUCUCGCCCUACGCCUGCUGCUGAUGCUCCAAGUUCUCAGGAAAGCGAUUCAUCAUCGCCUCCUGCUUCUUCACCUCCGUCCUCUUCUCACAAGGUUAUGAUGAGCUUUGGUCCUUUCACACAGGUGGUAUUGGCAAUUGCUGUUGCAUCUGCAUUCUUGUAAAAUUUUAUGUUCCUCUUUACUUGUGCAGUUAUGCCAAUGUGAGAGAAUACUACGUAUUUAUGUUUGCCCCAUUCAUAUUGGUUCACUUGUUCCCCAUUCUUUUUUUUUUGAGAACUCAUUUGAGGUAUUCAUUUUACUUGUCUGAGGCAUAUGCCAUAUAUACAUAUACUUCUGUAAUAUAUACAUAUACUUUUGUCUUGAGUAGGCUUGGAUAAUAAGAAAAUAAAUAAAACCCAAUUGGAAUAAGAAAAUAACACCCUUAAUUAUGAUGAACCUAUCAGGAUGUUUUUACUUGGACUGUAAUUUGUUGGUCUUAUUUGGUAUGAUCUGUUUAAGUCUGGUCUGAUCUGAAGUUUGGUCUGGUAAACGUCUGCUCUCUGUGUAUUUUAUAACUAUGGAAGUCAAGUCUGGUCUGGUUUGUUCUGUUUAAGUCUGGAUUGGGACUGAAAACAGUUGAAGUAAAAACAUCCUUUUUUAUCAUCAAAACAAAUCACUUAUAUUAAUAUCAUUAGAAAUCAGAUCGUUACAACAAACUCGAAAAGAUCAACACUGACAACAACAUUCCCUAACCAAUUAGCACUAUCAACCCUACGACUAGACUCAGAGAUGAUCACCCCUCUAAGAGUAAUAUGAAUCGUUAACAAUCAAACAAGUGUGACACAUCAAUCACUGGCCAAAUAGAUCCUUCUAAUGGCAUAAUAUCUAGCAGAAUUGUCAAUCAUUAUUGUAGACAUAAAACUAGGGAUGGACUCAGGUCCGGGCCGGGUCUGGGUCAGGCCUAGGCCCGGGCGGGCCGGCGGGUCAGAAAUGGUGGACCCAGGACCGGCCCGGGUAACUACCGGGUUCGGUCCGGGUCCAGUCCGGGCCCAUUAUAUUUUUUUUUUGUUUUCCUCUUCCUAAUUAACCUCCCUCCCACCCCAUCCCCCAAAUGGCCCAAAAUACCCAGCCCAACCCGAAAAUUUAAAAAAAAAUUGGAAAAAAAAUAGUUUUUGGCCCGAACCGGGCCCGGGCCCGGCCGGGUCGGGCCUUAUUUUGGGUGACCCGAGCCCGGACCGGAAAACCCACGGGCCGGGCCUACCCGGACCGGUCACUGACCGGGCCACCGGGUCGGGCCACCCGGCCCGAGUCCAUCCCUACAUAAAACUAAAGACAUCAACAAAAAAACAGAGCAAUGUAAUAGUUUUAGGUAGGGAUGGACUGGGCCGGGCCGAACCGGCCCGGAACCGGACCAGCCCGCUACUGUACGGGCCCGGACCGGACCGGGCCCGGUUGGCCGGUUCCGGACUUUUAGCCCGUGUGGGCGGGUCGGGCGGGCCGGGCUCGGGCCCAGUUUAAGGCGAACCGGCUCGGGUCAUUUUUUUUGUUUUUUCAAUUUUUUUUCUUUUCCUAGGGUUGGGCUGGGUGUUUUGGGGAGGUUUGGGGGGUGGGGGUGGGGGGUCGGGGGAUAACAAGAAAGCAAAACAAAAAAAAAAAAAGUAUUGAAUCGGGCCCGGCCCGGCUAGGCUCGGACCCGGUAGCAACCCAGGUUGGUUCCGGGCCCAAGGAAUUGCAAAAAAAGCCCAUGGCUGUGGUCUAAGGGGGGUAGACCGUCGAUCUCUCUUCUCCCUUGCUGAGUCCUUCACCUCUCCCCAUCUUCUUGUCACCCGUUCCGCCUCCACUACCACCACCGACCUCUACCCAUGUUGAUUCAGCAGAAACUAACCAUUCGACCUCCUCAAUUGCAGAAACGAGACAACGUUGCUCUAGAUCAUUCAUAGAAGACAUGAUUAUCGUUUCUUGAACCUUGGAUUUGUUUCCAAAAGCUGCAACCGCACUCACGCCUCCUUUAAGAUUAACUUGCACAAAUCGAGAAAAGAGAUCAGAAAACAAAUGUGAAAUCUUGCCGUUGCUUCGAGAUCCAAUGGAUAAUCUGAAAGUCGCCUAAAUCCCAAAACCAGCACCAUCAAGGCCACAAUCGAAACUUAUAAUGCACUCUAGAAGCCUAGAGAAGAAGAGUCGCACAACAAUUGACGGAAGGAAAACCCUACGUGACGGCACAUUUUAGGGCAAUUCUAUUCACCGCCCUAAAAUUACUAAUCACAGCCAUUAAAUAAAUAAAAAAAAAAACUAAUAUCUAAACUACCCUUUAUCUCAAUGGGUGAGAAACGCAAGGUUGGUGAAAUACUAUUAACCAUGAAUAUAAUCUGUCUUCUUUAUCCUCUUUAUUCAUGCUAAGUUGAUCCCGUGAGGAGCCUCAGCCUGCAACUCGGCCAGAGCAACAGAGGCGACACUGAGCCCUUCCCUCGACCGAGAGCUCCUCCCCUCUCACCCAGACGGCGGCGGUGAUCAAAGUUUCUUCCCCUCAUCCAGCAACGCUGGCCGGCAGCACCCCAGGGCAGAAGGACCUGGAUUUGACUUUCGUUUACAUCUACUCCAAGCCCAAUACGCUCUGGGUCUUCAUCCAGUUGUGCAGCAGUGAGGACAAAUGAGGCUAAGUAAUUAGAGAUUUGGGUCGCUCGGCCAACUUUGACAGUCAAAAUUGAUAGAGAGAAUCCAAAUCCAAAGUAAUUGGUGGAAGGAAUCCAAAGAUUUUGCAUUGAAAAUCAACUUUCUUGAUAUCUAAUUGCUCACAAACUAUUUUAUUGCCGGCAAAAAUUCUUACUCGAAAAGCCCACCACAAUUCUUAUCAUCUCUUCAACCGGGAGAGAUCAAUUCCUACCCAGCUAUUCUCAAUCGAUAAAAAGUCCUAUGACAAGAAUGGUAGACUUAGAAUCCCCUGUUUUGCUCGCAAAAAUGGUAUAGCGAGGGCAUUAAUUAUACAAUGAUGGAUGUACACAUAGUAGGAAAAAGUGUCGGCAAGAAUAAAAAUCUAAUCAACAUCACUUUGGAUUGCAAUGAAGAAGGGAAGGUCCAUUGGGAUGAGGUGUAGCCAUCUUUAUACAAAUUGAUUUCCAUUAUUGUUCCAAAAGGUGGAAGCUCCCACCCGACUCGACAGGAUGGUGGAGAGGUUAGUCACGGUGACUCAGUCAGCAGAAUGACAGUAGGCUCAUACACUCAUGCGCACCAGAGGUACAGACUUAUUUCAGGUUCUGUGACCUCCACCCGAUCACUGCGGGAAUUCGAACCUUUGUUCAUUGUUCCAAAUCUCUCACCACUCGACCAACUGAACUACGAGUGCGAGGUAAAUUGAUUUCCAUUGUAUAACAAAGCUUUGCUG